GCGUCGCGCAUUGCUGACGUAUGCUGUAGCGCGGGGAAUUUCGAGUAAAGGAGCUUCGCGGCAGGCCGGUAGCUGGUGGGCUUGUCAGGUGCGACCAUGGAGGCCCUGGCCGAACCGCGGUGGCCUCCGGGGCUGGCGAUGAUGAAGACAAUAGAUGAUUUGCUUCGCUGUGGGAUUUGCUUUGAGUAUUUCAACAUUGCAGUGAUAAUCCCCCAGUGCUCUCACAACUAUUGUUCUCUCUGUAUAAGAAAAUUUUUGUCCUAUAAAACUCAGUGCCCAACUUGUUGUGUGGCAGUAACAGAACCAGACCUGAGAAAUAACCGUCUUUUAGAUGAACUGGUAAAAAGCAUGAAUUUUGCACGGACUCGCCUGUUGCAGUUUGCCUUAGAGUCACCACCCAUAUCUCCUGUGUCUUCCACCUCAAAGAAUGUUGCUGUUAAAGUACAUAAUGCUGAAGCCAUUAAACAUCCUGUUAAACAGGGGAACAGGUUAAUGGACAAGUUCCUGGUUAGAGAAACUGGUGGUUGUGUAUCAGAGUUGUUGGGAAAAGAAAAUGACAGGAAAUUCAGCCCUCAAAAGGAGAUAAAUACCUCUGCUGAGAUUAAAGAGACAAGUCUCAUAGGAAAGACUGUACUUGGUCUUUCAGAUGCUAAUGGUCCUGUGACACCCUCUACAUCCACCAUGAAACUGGACUCUAAAGUGUCUUGUCCUGUUUGUGGGGUCAACAUUCCAGAAAAUCACAUCAACAAGCAUUUAGACAGUUGCUUGUCACGUGAAGAGAAGAAGGAGAGCCUUAGAAGUUCUGCUCACAAAAGGAAGCCGCUGCCCAAAACUGUAUAUAACUUGCUCUCUGAUCGUGAUUUAAAGAAAAAGAUGAAACAGCAUGGCUUAUCUACUCACGGAAACAAACAGCAGCUUAUCAAAAGGCACCAAGAAUUUGUACACAUGUACAAUGCCCAGUGUGACGCUUUGCAUCCUAAAUCAGCUGCUGAAAUCGUCCAAGAAAUUGAAAACAUGGAGAAGACCAGGAUGCGCCUUGAAGCGAGUAAACUCAAUGAAAAUGUCAUGGUUUUUACAAAGGACCAAACAGAGAAGGAAAUAGAUGAAAUUCACAGUAAAUAUCGUAAAAAGCAUCAAAAUGAAUUCCAGCUCCUGGUGGAUCAGGCCAAAAAAGGAUACAAGAAAACUGGCAUAAUGUCUAAAGCUAUAGUAAUAGGAAAAGAUGGACCUGUGGAGAAGCUGUCGUCUGCAAUCACAGGACAAGAAUAUAAUGUGAACUUCUCGGAUACAGUCUCAGUAACAAACCACUUUCCUCAGUCCAAACUGGACUCCCCAGGGCAGUCGGAGCCUGAGAGACCGGAUGAUUCUUCUAGUUGUACUGAUAUUCUUCUCUCCUCAGAAUCAGAUUCAUGCAAUAGUUCCAGUUCGGACAUCAUAAGAGACCUUCUGGAAGAAGAGGAAGCCUGGGAAGCAUCUCACAGAAACGAUCAGAACAGAGAAAUAAACCCACAACAGAAUCACCGCACUAGAGCCAUCGAAAGUGCUGAGAUUGAACCAAGAAACAAGCGGAAUAGGAACUAGUAUGGGCUUUUGUCAGCUUUUCCAUAUGGUGACCAGAAUAUGAUGUUUUUUAUUGCCAUGUGUGCUUUCAUAUUUAGCAAUGCCCAGGGAAGAUGUUUAAUGCUAAAUAUAAUAAUUUAUUUUCAUUCUUCUUUGCCUUUCUAGAAAAAAAAAAAAAAAGAAGAGUUGUGAAAUGAAUCUUGACCCUUCUUGGUCAGUUGCUUCUUUCCUUUAAGAUGUUUCUCCCCUAAAACCACAUUGACCUGUUUUGCCCAACGCACACAUUCCUUAGUGGGGAUGUUUGCCUCGGCUUGACUUCUCUAUUUCAGGAUAUUUUAAAGUCGUUUUUCACUUUUUUUCAUUGCCCCCCCAACCCCGGCAACAGCUUCUUUUUGUCCUCUUGAUGGUAACAAGCUGGUAAGAGUAUAUAUGCUUUUGUCACAAUUCACCCUCUUCAUAUGCGUGCCUGAUGCCAGGCCACCAGCAGUUACUGGUUAGUACCUAAGUUAAAUGUUUUUGGUUGUUAGACAUACCUGUGUUUUACAUAUAGAGUAGGUUUAUAAUAUAAAGUCACAAAGUUAGUUUUAUAAUUUUUGAAAAGUCAGGAAAGGAAGUACUGUAAGGUAAGGUAACAGUCAUAGUAACUCUGAAACAUAUGUAUAUGCUUCUGAAAUGGCAUCUAACAAUUAUUUCUGUUAGUAUUUUUCCACUGGGGUCAGGCAGAUCUCUAACACUUUGAAUCCCAGCUGUUAAACAAACAAACAAAAAAAAUGAAAUAAAUGGAUUUUAUCAAUGAAUACACAGUUUGUAAUUUCCUUGAAAUAGUGUCUUGAGAGUAUUUGAAUAAAGGCUAUAAAUCUUUA